AUUGCUGAUUCCAUUUGCACUAAAUUGGAAGCUGAGUCAGAGUAGCUCUGCUAUGUGGUCGUAGAGCCAACGUGCAUCAGUCGUCUUUUUCCUCUGCCCUGAUUCUCGAAUAAAAGCCAGCUCAAGAUGUUUCUUGCCAAAAGACUGAUUGGAGGCAUUCUGGAUGUGGUCAGCAACAUUGACCCAGCCCAGUUUGUACCCUCUGACCCUCCUCCCGUGCGUAGGCCCCAUGCAUACGCAGAUCAGUACGAAAGCGAUGAGGAGAAGCAGUUCCGCAAAGUGUUUCAGCAGCUCGCUGGGGAUGAUAUGGAGGUUAGCCCCACUGAACUGAUGAACAUCCUCAACAGAAUCAUUUCCAAACAUCAAGGCCUGAAGACCGAUGGCUUCAGCAUAGAGUCCUGCAGGAGCAUGGUGGCUGUUAUGGAUAGCGAUAGCACUGGCAAGCUGGGCUUCCACGAGUUCAAACACCUGUGGAACAACAUCAAGAAAUGGCAGGGUGUGUACAAGCAGUUUGACGCAGACGGCUCCGGGAUGAUUGGUGCAGAUGAGCUGCCAAAUGCAUUCAGAGCUGCAGGUUUCCCUCUAAAUGACCAGCUCUUUGACAUGAUCAUCCGUCGCUACAGUGACGAAAGCGGAAACAUGGACUUUGACAACUAUAUCGGAUGCCUGGUGCGACUAGAUGCCAUGUGCCGUGCCUUCAAAACCCUGGACAAGGAUAACAAUGGCACCAUCAAAGUCAACGUACAAGAGUGGCUUCAGUUGACCAUGUACUCCUGAAUACAGAAGACGCCAAUACAUGGAGAAACGUUUUGUUUGCACUGCACAGCCCUCAACCCCAAUCCACAUUCUCAAGGCUUCUCCAGCUCAGAAUGUGGGUCUAAUAUGGCUCAAUGGCUCUGCUGCAAUCACCUGCAUGUUGUUGUUUUUUUUUGCCUUCCUCUCUAGACUUUGUAUUCAGUACUUGUUUUUACGCACUUUGUCUUAUUUGGUUUGCUUCAUGUGCAAUGCUGUAUUCUAGAUAGCAGCAGAUCAUUAGGGCCUCUAAGUAGCUGUACCAAUCAGAGACGGUAUCUGUGUUCACAGGUUCCAUCUGAUGUAAUUAUCGUGCACAAUUACAUGCUACGUACGUACACAACUCUGUUUACAGACAUACUCACCCUCAGAUACGCACACACACACACACACACACACACAUUCACACACACAUUCACAUUCACUAAAGUACAAAGUGCCAUUGCUGCAUGGAGCCAGUAGGUGUCGAUAGACCAGCCAUACAAGAAUGUGGUAACAUUUGCCAUGGGUCACAAAAUUCUGUCACUUGUUAAUGCUCAUAUUUUAUACUAAAUAAAACCGUCAUUAUCGUGA